AUUAUUAUCAGACUUAAUUCCUUUCGCAAGAUGAGUGGCAACGGAGUUACCAGUUCCAAAUUGCCUCUGAGGCCCGUACCUGGCUCCUACGGCCCUCCUAUACUUGGCCCGUUGAUUGACAGGCUCAAUUAUUUCUGGUUCCAGGGACCAGCAAAAUUCUUCACGGCCCGGAUGAACGAGCACAAGAGCACGGUCUUCCGGACAAACAUGCCGCCGGGUCCGCCAGGUUUCUGCAACGACCCGCGGGUCGUAAUGCUCCUGGACGCCAAGAGCUUUGCCGUGCUCUUCGACAAUGAGACCGUGAAGAAGAGAAACGUUUUCACGGGUACAUUCAUGCCCAGCGUCCGUUUCAACGGCGGGUACCGGGUGCUCCCAUACCUCGACCCGUCGGAGGUGCAGCACACGAAGCUCAAGGGUCUCUGCUUCGAAUUGCUCAAGACGGGUGGCCCCAGAUUUAUACCCGAAUUCCACAGCACGAUGAAGGAAGCCUGGGAAACGAUCGAAAAACAGAUUGCAGACAAAAAGGCCAGUGAGUUCAAUGAUUUGAAGGAACAGACGAUUUUCAAUUUCUUGUGUCGAUCGAUGGUUGGGAAGGACCCGAGAGAAGGACCCGACGGGUUGGGGAACGACGGACCCGGACUGGCUGACAAAUGGGUUUUGUUCCAGGUGGCUCCUGUCGUUAGCCCCGGGCUGCCACACAUUAUCGAGGAGUUAUUUCUCCAUUCGUUUCGUUUGCCCUCUGUGUUUGUCAAUGAAGAUCACGAUCGGCUCUAUGGGUUCUUCAAUACUCACGCGUCUGGAAUCCUUGACGUUGCGGAGACCCGGUAUGAUCAAACCCGGUCGGAGGCUUGUGAGAAUUUGAUGUUCUUUGUAGUGUUUAAUUCUUACUUUGGCUUCUCGGCUCUGCUUCCUUCUAUUAUAAAAUACGUUGGGGCUGCCGGUGCUGGGUUGCAUAAGGACCUGGCUAUGGAGGUCCGGACGGCCGUUCAGGCUAAUGGUGGACAUGUUAGCUUGAGUGCGGUGGAGUCGAUGGAAUUGGUGAAGUCCACCAUUUAUGAGGUACUUAGAAUGGAGCCACCCGUGGUGUUGCAGUACGGGAGAGCCAAACGGGACUUCGUUUUAGAGUCUCAUGAUGCUGCUUUUGAGAUCAAGAAAGGGGAACUCCUUGGUGGGUUUCAGCCGAUUGCUACGAGGGACCCCAAGGUGUUUGAGAAUCCUGAUGAAUUUGUUGCUACGAGGUUUAUCGAGAAUAAGAAGGUUAUCAAGUAUGUUCUGUGGUCUAACGGCUUCGAGACCGAUGAUCCAACCGUGCACAACAAGCAAUGCCCCGGGAAGAAUUUGGUGGUGUUAGUUGCAAGGUUGUUUGUGGUGGAGUUGUUUCUAAGGUAUGACACCUUUGAAGUGGAAGUGAAAGGAAGUGGAACUAGUUCUAAAAUAAGUUUCACUUCUCUAACUAAAGCGACCUAUUGAUUCUUUGGUCGUGUUUGUUAUAAAAAAAUUCAAUUGUAUUGUAUCAACUCUUUUUUAUAUGGUGUGGGUGAAUAAGCAUGGUAGUGACCUAUUGUUUCUAAGAUAUGAUAUCUUUGGUAGUGACCUAUUGUUUCUAAGAUAUGACAUCUUUGAAGAGGAAGUGAAAGGAAGACUUAGUUCUAAAAUAAGUUUCAUUUUCUUGACCAAAGCAAUCUAUUGAUUCUUUGGUCAAAUUUCUUAUAAGAAAAUUCAAUUGUAUUACAUAUCAUUUUUUUUAUAU